GAUCCCUUUCCCGGCUUUGGGGUUUCGCCGUGAUUGUCUCCUGUGCUCGUGGUGCUUAGAGAUCCUGCGGUGGGAAGGAGGAGGAGGUGGUUCUCGGAGCUUCCAGUACUCCAAGCCCCAUUUCCAGGGGAAAGUUUACCCACUUUCUGCCAAGAUGUCCAACUUCUCCGGGAACUGGAAGAUCAUCCGUUCAGAAAACUUUGAGGACUUGCUCAAGGCGUUGGGAGUGAAUGUGAUGCUAAGGAAGAUUGCUGUGGCAGCUGCCUCAAAGCCAGCAGUGGAGAUUAAACAGGAUGGUGAGAGUUUCUACAUCAAAACUUUUACCACUGUGAGGACCACUGAGAUUAACUUCAAAAUCGGGGAAGAAUUUGAGGAGCAGACAGUGGACGGGAGGCCCUGUAAGAGCCUGGUGAAGUGGGAAAAUCAGAACAAGAUGGUCUGUGAACAGAGACUCCUGAAAGGGGAGGGACCCAAGACCUCUUGGUCCCGGGAGCUGACCAAUGACGGAGAACUGAUCCUGACCAUGACAGCAGAUGACGUGGUGUGCACCAGGGUCUACGUCAGGGAAUGAGUGCUGAAGGGAUGUCCUGCGAGGGUCCCCUACAUCUUCCGCAUCUCUCCUGCUCCAUGGCCUCCCAAUAACCACUCAACUUCAGAGUUUUUUGUUUACCUUCUCAUGCUUUCCUCCCAACUCUACCCAGUUAGUUCUCUGACCCACUCCCCUGCCCUGCCCUGUCCCUUGUUAUAUCUGGAAGCCAGCAUCCUGGGCACUUUCUAGAGUCCACCUCUGCUUCCUCUACCCCUUCCUAUUUCACCUAACCCAUCCUAAAUGAAUCCCUGACCACCCUGGCCAGGGAUUUUACUUCCCUCCCUCUGUCUCUGAUCAAGAGACUUUGCCCAGGAGAGAUCCUCUCCAUUUCUGAGAGAUCCUAAGAGGGAGAGAGAGAGAGAGAGCAAGAGAGCGCUCCCCAUCAACACCAGACAGAAACCCAUGGUCUCUGCUUUAUCCCUAAGGCCUCUCCCUCUAUCCCACUGCAUUCCCUUCCUUCCCCAUAUCCCUGUAGCUGAUUCAGUUUGGAAUAUUUAUUUGUUAAUGUUAUUAAAUCAUCUGAAAGCUAAACCUC